CGUAAAUUUGAUUUUUUUUCUUUCCAGGCCAACGUACAUUGAAGCUACACUGGUCGCGCGACCAUCAACAAAUGAAACUAUAUUAUUUUGAAACGACAUUUCCUGUUUUAUUUGCUCUAAGUCUGUUUCAUGACACCCAUCGCAGUCAGCCGCUGGCACAUCAUUUAAUCAUUCCUAGGCGUGUUGUCAGCCACUAUCCUGGUGCUCCAGUAUCAUCCAAGUGAGCGGUGGCGGCUCUGGAUGUGACGUCAUGAUAAGUUUAUGGAUCGGUCACCCUUCAUCCUUGAUUAGGAGUGUCAUCACUUUAUUAGAUGAUGAUAUUAUGGAAUUUACUGGUCCAAAUGGCCAUCAGCUGCAACUAUACAGCGCCACCUGCUGGACCAAGAAGACAAUGUGGUGCAUUGCCUUAGUGAUUUAUAGUGUCUGGUCUGGUUGUGAGUCAGCACGUGAGAGAGGCUGCAGCGCGGUGCGGAUCAUCAUCACCAAAUGGAUCAAUUCCGAGGAUUAUUUGUCAAAUUGGACCGGAACCAGGAUGGUUUCAUCUCGUUGUCAGAGCUGCACAGUGAAAUGACCACGCACGGCAUCUCGGUGGCAGAUGCUAAGGUGCAGAAUGUCAUUAACUCCUAUGAUAAGGACAACAAUGGCCAAUUGGAUUACAACGAGUUUCUCAGCUACAUGAUGGACCGAGAGAGGAAAUGGAAGAUUUGCUUUGACCACCUGGACAAGAACAAGAGUGGGCUCAUUGACCAGGAGGAGAUCAUAUGUUUGUUUAAGGAGUUAGGAGUGGUCAUUUCAAAGGCCCAUGCCAAUAAAGUAAUACAAAUGAUGGACACAGACGGCUCCAUGACAGUGGACUGGGAUGAGUUCCUGCAGCAUGUUAUUCUCAAACCGGUGGACAACAUCGGUGAGCUGGUGUCGUCGUGGAAACACAGUCUGGUAUUCGACGUGGGUGAGAGCAGAGCGCUGGCCCUCGAGUAUCCCGAAGAGAGUUCCGGCAUUGGUGCGUGGCGGACGUUUGUUCUCGGUGCUAGUUUGGCUGACGCUGUGUCUCGGACGGCAACAGCCCCCAUCGACCGCCUCAAGACCCAGCUACAGUUUUAUGGCCCCAAGGCCUUUUCUCGGGGCUUCCAGGAGCUUGGUGUUGGUGGCCUUCGUUCUAUGUGGCAGGGCAAUGCUGUCAAUGUCCUGAAGGGAACGCCGCAGUCCACACUCCAGUGUCUCAUCUACGCACAGAUGAAGGUGUCCAUGCAGGGCAGAAGUCAGGGGAGUCUGAGCGUGCAGCAGCGCUUUGGCUUGGGUUGCGUGUCUGGUGCUGUGGCUCAUGCUGUCUUCUACCCUCUGGAGGUGUUGAAGGUGCGGCUCAACCUGCAGCGAGUAGGCGCCUAUCAUGGCGUAGUGGCUUGCGCUCGAUCUAUUUACCGAAACGAGCCCUUGACCUCGUUUUACAGAGGAUUUAAGCCCAGCAUCCUCUGCAUGAUCCCGUAUGCUGGAGUGGAAUGUGCAGUCCAUCAGUCUAUCAUGACCUGGGCCCAGAGCGAUCCAGCCUACAGCAGCGACUCCAGGCUCUUCUUCUUCAGUUUUGUGGCCUUUGCUUGCGGACAAGUGAGCAGCUACCCUCUGGCAGUGAUAAGAACGCAGCAGCAGGCGCAAGCUGUCUGUUCCGGCUCACAGGCCGCGUCGUCAGGCAUCCUGCAAGGGCUCAUCGGGAUAUACAAAAGACAUGGACUGCGGGGCUACUACAACGGAAUGGGGGCCAGCUUCAUCAGGGCCGUUCCGUGCGCCCUCAUGAACUUCACCUUAUGCAGAACAUUUGAAAACCUGUUUUCCUCCACAAGCACAUGAAGAGUGGCAGAGUCAUUGAAUCAUGUGCCACACAAAAUUUGCAAAAAAAAUGCAAACUUUUCCUCGUGUUUGUCAGUGUUCCAAGCAAUAAAAAAGUGGCAUUCUUGCUCAGAUCAGCCACAGGGGUUGUUCUGA